AUGGCUCUGCAGGGGGCGCCGCACGGGGCUGCCGUGUGGGUGCGUGUGCCCCUGCUGGCCCCCGAGGACGGGCGCGAGGACGCCAUCGCUAACGAGCCGCUGCCUAACGAGGGCGACGGGCGGCAGGAGGAGCGGACGUGGCACUGGUGGAACAACUUCCGGACUCUGUGCGACUACAACAAGAGGGUCGGGCUGGCGCUGGAGGUGGGCCCUGAUUUGCCGUCGGCGGAAGCCAUCGACCGCUGGCUGGGGGAGCCACUGCGGGCGGCCAUCUUGCCCACCAGCAUCUUCCUCACCAACAAGAAGGGCUUCCCCGUCCUGUCCAGGCCCCACCAGCGCCUGCUGGGCCGCCUGCUCAAGUUGGAGGUGCAGGUGGUGCUAUGGGGCGCCCCACACCACGAGCCCAAGCCGCUGAGCGCCUACCUGCAGUACCUGGAGCACGUGGGGCAGAACCGGCCCCCGCCAUCGGCCUACGAGCUGUUUGCGCGCGGAUACGAGGAUUACCUGCAGUGCCCCCUGCAGCCCUUGAUGGACAACCUGGAGUCGCAGACCUACGAAGUCUUCGAAAAGGAUCCAAUCAAAUACAGCCAAUACCAGCAGGCCAUCUAUAAAUGUCUGCUGGACCGCGUGCCUGAGGAGGAGAAGGAAACCAACGUGCAGGUGGUGCUGGUGCUGGGCGCAGGCCGCGGGCCGCUGGUGAACGCAGCACUGAGAGCCGCCCGCAUGGCGCAGCGCCGCAUCCGAGUGUUUGCUGUGGAGAAGAACCCCAACGCCGUCGUCACGCUGGAGAGCUGGCAGUACGAGGAGUGGGGCUCGCAGGUGUCGGUGGUGCAGCGCGACAUGCGCGAGUGGCGCCC